AUGUCUAUAACUGUUUCUAUCUUUUUGAUACAUUUGUUUGAGAAAUCCUUUAUUGGAUGGAGUUAUUAUAUUGGUUUUAAACAGCGUUUCUCGUUGGAUUUUAAUAGUAAAUAUCUAGUUUGUUUUAUUACAUGGUAUUUGGUUAGAUUCGGAAUUCUUUUUAAUGAUUUCAUUCGAAACUUGACAUUUGAAUGGAUAUGGAUCUAUAUGAGAACUUUGAGGAUGACAUUCCAAGAUAAAUCAUUUAAGGGAAAGAAACUUGUAUCAAAUUUGCAAACGGAUGAUAUUCAAAGAGUAAUUUUUGGCUACUUUGGUAUUUUGGAUAGUCUUAAUUCUAUGGGAUUAACAUUUAAGAUUUUGAUAUUUUGGAAUUUUUCCUAUGCAUUUAUCUAUGUACUGAUAACCACGGUUGGAGUCGUCUACAACUCCACAAGAGAGGUGAAUUCUUACAUGGUAGCUGAAGCUCUGUACCACAUAAUCAUUUUCUUCUACCCUUGUAUUUUGAUUGAGCUUACAAGAAGUGAAGUGGACAAAAUUAAGCUGUUAUUAACAGAAAUAUACACACUAAGCUCAGAUGACAAGAUACUCACCAAAACAGAAGAUGCCUUAAUGCUACUUGAAGUGCGUCCAUUUAAAUUAGACGUGUUUCGCCUCAUCUCUAUUAAUAUUAGCCUGCCCUUACAUUUCUUAGCUCUCAUAACAUCUUAUGUCAUAGUUACUGUACAAUUUACUCACGUGUUUGGAUAA